AUGCGAAAAGCUACAAAAAUGAGAAAAGAAGAAUCACUGGACUCUUUGGCUUCAGCUUCAGCUUUAUCAGCAACUAGUACUUCUAUUUCAUCAUUAGCUAAUACUUCCAAAUCAAAUACAUCAAAUAGAAUAAACUCUGGAGGAUGUAUAUUAGCACCAGCAAGAGAUGAAUGGUUAAAGCUUGAAGCUCAUUUUGCAUUGCAGUGCCCUUAUGUUGAAGAUCAUAUUCAGCAAUCAUAUUUACUACGUGUAGCUAGUCAUAAUAAUGAAGAAGAGUCACCUGAAAAUUUAACUAAAUCAAAAAAACCAAGAUUAGAUAAGCAGAAUAAUCUCUCAAGAUUUUUUCUACUAAAAUCUAAAGACUUAUCUGAAGAACGAAUAAAUUCUAUAAAUAUUUUAUUAUUAAAGGCAUUUAUAGUCUGUGGUAUUUCAUUUUCUAUAGUUGAAAAUCCAUUUUUCAUUGAUUUACUUCAAAAUUUAUGUUCAAGCUAUCAACCACUAUUACGGGAAGUUUUAGCUGGGUGUUUAUUAGACCAAGAAUAUGUUAAAGUUAUAGUUAAGCAUGAAACUAUCUUUCGUGAAUCAAAAAAUCUAACUUUGG